CCGCCGUCGACGAGUUCGCCGUCGGCCGCCGUUCACCGUCGGUCGUCAGUGGUGCAUACGACGCGCGUGUCGUUGUUUCUCGAUGUUCCUCGGAGUUUCUCGGUAAUCGGCCGGCUUCACGCUGUACGGGGGCGGUCGCGAGUUUUUCCGCGCUGGCCCGAUCCUAAACACCGACGCGGGAUGACGGUGGCCGUCAGGCCGGUGUAGUCCGACGCUACUCUCAGACUCCUCUCGGCCUACCCCGUUUUCAUUCGCAUUUCUCGGUGACGUGAUCGAUUUUCCGCCGCACCGCGUCGCGUCGCGUCGCGCCGUGCCGCGUCCAUUCGCGUCCACCCGCGCUCUACUAACGCUCUCACCGUUUUUUUUUCUAACGAGAUAAACGAUUCACUAACAUCAAUUGAAGAUGUCGGACGUCGAAGCCGAUGAUGAGUUUCAAGAUGCUCAAGAAUCUUUGCCACAACUCGCCUCUAUGGAUUUGGAUACAGCGAUAAUGGAGGCGAAGAGAGCGAUGCACUGUUUUUUCAACAACGAUUUCAAUCAGGCGAGAAAAAUCUUGGAGCCAUGGGCAGACAGCAGCAUGUAUCACUCCCUAGGGGCUAGCGUAUUCGCAUUUCUAGAGGCGAUCCUGACUCUUGAACAAAAACACAUCGAGAAGGCGUCAGAGAUGUUGAAGCAGUGUAUGAGCGUAUGCUCCAAACAUCGCAAGCACACCACUAUCACGCAGAACAUUGGGAAAAUGGUCAAGAAGAUUAACUACGACACUUAUACAAAUGAGGAAGUGCAUGCGGAGCUCUGUUAUGCUGAGUCGCUCCUCUUAAAAUCGAUGCUCACGUUUGUGGAGGACGAAACUCUGGUCAGCUUUGUCAAGGCAGGACUGAAAAUUCGUACCUGUUUUCUAUCGUACAAGGAAUGCAUGACGAUCUUGAAAAAUCGCAAGUGGGGAAACGACAUUCACAAAGUGCAUUUCGAAAGCGGCGUUCGUAUGGGCAUCGGCGCGUUCAAUUUAAUGAUCUCUUUAUUACCAGCGCGUAUUAUUAAAUUGUUAGAGUUUAUCGGAUUCUCCGGCGAUAAGGAAUACGGUCUAGCGGAAUUGGAAGCGGGCUACAACGAGAGAAGGGGCCUGCGACAAAUCCUAUGCGUGAUGACACUGCUAUCCUACAAUUUGAUCGUCACUUUUGUACUGACCCACUCGGACGGUGAUUUAGAGUGGUGCGAACGGGUGUUGGAGCAGGAAUUAAGUCUCUAUCCGAAUGGUGUAUGGUUCCUAUUUUUCAAGGGAAGAUUGGAACUCACGCGGGGUAACUUCGAAGAGUGCAUAGACUGGUAUAUAAAAUCAUGGAAGAGUCAGAACGCUUGGCCGCAGUUUCAUCAUCUCUGUUACUGGGAAUUGAUGUGGACGCACUGCUCGAUGCAGCAGUGGAACAAGGCGGUCAUGUACGCUACGAUGUUGGCGGAGGAGUCCAACUGGUCACGUACCAUGUAUUUGUAUCAGAAGGCCGCGAUCCUGAUCAUGCAGAAGCCAUCAAUCUGGAGCGAGGAGAAACAGAUGAUUGACAAUCUGAUGGUGCAGGCGCCGACUUAUAAGCAGCGCAUCGCGGGCAAAUCGUUGCCGAUGGAGAAAUUUAUUGUCAAGAGAACGGAGCGUUAUUUUGCACAAAAGAAGAACCUAAUUGUACCAAUAUUCGAGCUUAUGUAUGUGUGGAAUUUAUUCAGGAUAAUAGGCAAACGGCAAGAUUUGAUACUGAAUAUAUUUAAAAGAAUAGAGGAAGAGGAGAAGCAACUUAAAUCAAUGAAAAAUGAUUUUCAAGCGGACAACGAAGCACUGCUGAUGUUACUGAAGGGCGCUUGUCUACGGCAAAUGCAACAUCCUUUGCAGGCACAGGAGUGUUUACAGCGUGUUUUACAACUAGAAAAAUCUGUCAAAGAGGACACGUACUUAUUUCCUUACGCUACCGUAGAAUUAGCAUUAUUGGCUCAGGAUCAAGGCGAUACUCAGUUGGCCAUAGGCUUCUUGGAAGACGCUAAAAAAAAUUAUACGGGUUACUUAUUGGAAUCUAGACUGCACUUCAGGAUACAUUCGGAACUGAUGAUAUUGAACGGCAAGAAAAUCAACAACUAUACGAAAAACGACCAUCGGCUAGAAACGGCUAUUACUGCCAAUAGUGUCAUUAUCGCGGGUCCAAGUGCCGACGAUUCCAUCGAGAUUAAGACAUAAGAGCGUUGUAAAGCACAUGAAAGAUCUUAUCUUUACAUAGAUUCUUUUGUACCUUCCUAAACAACAUAUUCUACGUGUGACGAGGACUCCUUUUGCGAAAAAAAUGAGCCAGCGAUCGUUUUUAUAUCUUCUUUCUGAUACCUAAAGGCCUUGUGUAAGACUUUCAUCUGGCUUCACUAUUUGUAGAGUCCGAGGAUUUUAACAGAUCUCUAUCGACGAUUGGGCACAUUUUCUAGCGCUUGAUAUUGAUAUAUAAAUUAUUUCCUUCCAUGAGAAGAACGGCGUGAAAUAGUAUAUAAUACAUAAAAAUAAUAUUUUGUAGCGAUUAUAUAAUGUUAAUAUAUGAAUUAUAUCGCGCGGGAGAAAUAAGAAGAAUAUUAUAAGACUCUUACGGGAUUUUACAAGGAUCGGGCAUAUAUUUUGUAGCAAUUAAUUAUCUAACAUAUAAUGGAUAUUAUUAUUUACAUAAAUUAUUUCCUUUAUGGAAAAUCGGCGGGAUUCCAAUAUGAUCUGUGAUUGUUCCAUUGUAACAGCUAACUGAAGAAAGAUUAUUAUAAAUAAUCAUGUUACGAGUGUAAAUACGUAAAUGCGACUGGGGAAUACGUGAAUGAAUAAAAUGAAUUAGGUAUGUUAUUCUUUCGAGCAAUGCUUUAUUUAAUACUGUAUCUACUUUGUAGAAGAAUUAAAUUGAGUUUGAUAAAAGCUAAA